UUCUUGUCGUCUUCGAUACCCUCCAAGGUGAGCUCUCUAACCCAUACCCCCGACCCAACCCACUACCAAACCCCUCGUCAUUUCUGUUUUCUCAAAGCACUCCUUCAUCAUCAUGAAGCGUACGGUUUUUGAUUCUGCGGAUUCCGGAGAUGACCCAAAGAUGAAGAAAGUUAAACACAUAGAAGACGAAGAAGAAGAAGAGGAAGUUAAAGAAACGGGACUCAUGAACUUGGACGAAAACCUUCUUUUCGAGGUUUUGAAACAUGUCGAUGCAAAGACUCUAGCCACGGCGGCCUGCGUCAACAAGCAGUGGUACAAAACCUGCCAAGACGAGCGUCUUUGGGAGCUGAUCUGCACGCGCCACUUGGCUAAUGUUGGCUGCGGUACCCAACAACUGAGAUCCGUGGUCCUUGCUCUUGGUGGCUUCCGUCGCCUUCACUCUCUCUAUCUUUGCCACCGGGUCGUCGGCUCCAAGCAGCCGCAGCGGUGGGGAAAAGACGAGGUUCAUCUCUCCUUGUCCCUGCUUUCGAUUCGCUACUAUGAAAAGAUGAAUUCUAGUAAUCGGGGUAGUUGAUUUAUCAAUCAUUAUUAUCAUUAUAAUUAUGUAUAUUUUUUGUAUGAGUUUCCACUUUUAUUGUUUUCUUAAUAUGGGUUGUGCCUGUGUUUUCCAAAUUUUUGUAUGUAAACUGGGUUUUGGUAACUUGAUCUGUACCCUUAUGAUAUGAAAUUGUGAACUAAUUGUUUCCUUGUUUGCGA